AUGGAUGGGCUAUCAUCGACCAAUGCAAACUCACAUAUAAUAAAUUAUCCAAUCUAUAAUUCAAAUGGAAAACUACCGUACAGUCAUUUACAAUUGUCAAAUAACAAUUCAUUCAUGCACCAUUAUCCGUUUAAUACAUCUUAUCAAAAACCUAUAUAUGGUUUGACAAGUAAUUUAUCAACAACAAUCUCAACCAGUAACGAUACACCAUUGAUACCGUCAACAUCCUCUCGUGACCUAUUUCAAAUGGUUAAUAAUAACAAUGGAUGGACACAACAAAAACUUGGACAUCAGCCAACGUCAGAGCACAAUAAUUUCUAUCGUCGACACACUGAGAACAAUCUAACACUCAUACCGAAUAAGAGAUUGUGUUAUAAAAAUCGAUCUUCUUUCGUAAAUGAACCUUCCACACAUUGGCCAUCGAUGCAUUCUUGGACUUCAAACAAUAAUCCUAGUAAUAUUAAUAAUAAUGCAGUGUCUACUACAGCGAAACGCUGUUCAAAUCAUCCAUCAUUGCCACAUAGUGUUAGUUAUGGUGAUUUUUCAUUGAAUGGAUCUUAUUUUCCUCCAUCAUCCUUUAUUGGCCCACAAUCUCAAACGUCAUCAUCAACAAAACUAUCUAACGCAACUGUUUCAACGGCACCAUCUAAUUCUUCGAUAGUACAAACAAAUAUUUUAUCGAAUCAACAAUCUCGUUUUAUACCGCAAUCGAUGUCUCAAAUUCCUUCAAUUAACGAACUUCCAAUGUUCUUUCGACCAAUGUUAAAUAAAAAUAAUUUAUGUGCUACAAUGAAUAACUCAGUUAAUAAUAAUCAUGCUCAAUUAUCCUCUGAUAUGUCACGUUUGAUUUCUUAUCCGUCUGAUCUUUCUACAAAAACAAAUAGUAAAAUGAAACAACGCGUCACACAACGUAUUAUACAAGAAAUUUUAAAUUUAAAACAAAAAUGUCCAACAAUGUUUGCAUGGGAAAUUCAACAACGAUUAUUACAAAAUGGUAUUUGUACAGCACAAAAUUUACCUAGUGCAAAUGCAAUUCAUCGUGUUUUGAGAGAUCCAUUUAAUACUGAUAUGACUAUGCGUUUAAACAGUGAUCUCAUUGAUACAAAACCAAAUAUUACAACAGUUAUGCAAGCUUUACUCGACAACUUUAAUCCAAUGAACACAAACUUACCAAUUCCAACGUUUAUUCCAAGCAGCAUAAAUCCGUCAACAAAUUCAGGGAAUUUUCAUAGUGAAUCAUCAUCAAGGAGUAUGAAUAGUUCUGCGACAAAUAUAAAUACAAAUCUGAUAUUACCGUCAUCUUCAGUAGAUAAUAUAAUUGGUGCUUCGCCAUUGACUAUUUAUCUUUCACCAUCUCCAUCCCCGUCUAUUCACACGAUUAGUGAUUCAGAAACGUCUAUAUGCGAUCCUGACACCGAAUGUUCAAUUUGUUUAUGUUCAUAUAAGAAUGGGCAAGAAAUUCACAUUCUAUCAUGUACGCACGAAUUUCAUUCAAGCUGUUUAAAGCAAUGGAUUAAAAAAAAUAAUUCAUGUCCCAUUUGUCGUAGAGAUAUUACAGAUCAGUCGCAAUUUAUUACCAUUCUUAUUUAG